AGAGAGAGAAGGCUUCACCUCUAUCUGAAUGGAUUAAAAAUACAUUCUGCUGACUUUUAGUUUGCAACUGAUUUAAACCCACGCUGGCGAAUGCGAAACAAAAAUCAAUAUUCCUCCCCAGGAGGAAGACAGCUGCUGCAAAUGUAGACUGAUGGAUUGCCUGGCUCAAUCUUUACUAUCCUUUCCGGGAUUUUAUGAAUGGACUGCACUGGGAGGGGCCAAUUGUCAGCAGAGAUGAUGUCAGCAGGCUCGAUGAAACUAUUGUACAGAUGCAGCAGGGUAUUCAUGAGACUAUAAUUUCAAUGCUUUGUCAGAUUGGCUGGCUGACAAGCACACAGACUGCUGACGGAAUGAGUGUUCCCCGCUGCUGGCUUGACUCACGAUUGUGCUGGUUAAAGAACUCCUUGAUGAAGCUGCAGAGCUUUGACAUUGACCUGUGCUCGUCGUUUUUACCGAGCCCCGAGGAAAGUCCUGGGACACAAAGAGGCAAGGAGCAACCCCCUCAAAUCAAUCGGAACGGGGCUGCUGAUGAAGGAAGCAGUGGGGAGCGCGCUGCCCCAAUUAUUGAUUUCAAAUUAAUGCACCGGCAGGAUAGUGACGAACCAGUUCCAGCCUUUGAAGGCUGGCAGAGCGAGCUGGAGAAUGGAGUCGAAGCCCAUCGAUCCCUGGGGGCUGGUAGGUUGCUGCACCACAUCGCCGAGGGUGACAACCCGCUAGUUUCACCGCGUUGCUCCAGUUUCAGCAAGAGCCAAAGAUUUGUAUUGGACACGGAAGCUGCCCCUUCUCCACCGAGUGCUCAGCUCUUCAUCAUGCCAAGAAACUCUUCACUGAUCAAUUCAGAAGCUGAAAACAGUCCAGUGCUGAUGACCCAGCUGACCAAACAGAUCCAGAAUUUGAGAAAGAAAAUACGCAAGUAUGAGGAAAAGUUUGAGCAAGAGAAAAAGUAUCGGCCCUCCCACAGUGAUAAAGUUGGCGAUCCAGAAGUCCUGAGGUGGAUGAAUGAUCUGACAAGGGCCCGUAAGCAGUUAAAAGAGUUGAAACUGAAGAUCUCUGAGGAGGAGAAUAACAGACGGCAGAGACAUCGAAGCAGCACGUUGCCCAUAAACUCCAGGCAGGACAAAGAGAACAAGCACCACGUAUCUGGGGAAUGCCAGCAGAAACAGAGUGUUGAGGAAACUGUACAGAUUGUGAUGAAAAAGCUGAAGGAAAAGCAGGAAAUACUUGGUCUUCCGGAGGAUGUUAAGGUGAACAAACAGGAAAGACUGCUAAUGAAGCCUCUGUACGACAGAUAUCGCAGUAUCAGGCAGCUUCUGUCUCCUGCUGCAGCCAUCCCCACUAUUGAAGAAGAAGGUUCAGAUGAAGAAACGAUUUUGAAGAGUUGUGAACUGUCUACCAGACCAAUCGCAGACUUUCCUUUUCAAGAAUUUGUAGACCAUCGAGAUGAAGACGGUGAGCCUGGAUUUCUCCCACCUCCAGAUGAGAAGAAAGACACUAGGCAAUCAACAACUUCACUGGCCAAUCUACAUGAAGCCUCCAUGUCUGAAUUGUUGGAACAUCUUCAUGAAACUAGAGCAGAGAAGAAGAAACUCCGCAAAGCUCUCCGAGAAUUUGAAGAGCAGUUUCUCAAACAAACUGGAAGGAAUGUACAGAAAGAGGAUCGCAUUCCAAUGGCUGAAGAAUACAUCCAGUACAAGCAUACAAAAGCCAAACUUCGAUUACUGGAGGUACUCAUCGCUAAACUCGAUGGCUCAAAAACUCUUACGAGUUCUUAAAUGACAAACCUUACCCAGAAGACAAUUUUCUGGUCUUUAAAACAGCUAGAGGAAAUUAUUCAAUCCUUUCUCAAACUCUGGAUAUUUGAUCCUCGCAUUUGUGCCAUAGAAACACUUUUUUUGGCUGCACUUUACCGAAGUCUGAAAAUUCCAAAAGCGACAACAAGAAUGAACCUGAGGGUUGCUGAGCAACUAAUCAAAGUCACUGUCGCUAAUGACAACAAACCUUAGAAUAUGCACUGAUAUUUUUGUGUAGGUAGCUUUUGAGAAUUUUAUGAAAUAGCUUGUAUUCUGGACAAUGAUAACUACUCCAAAUAGUUAAUUAUUUGUUGGCAAGGCUGAUGUUCAGGAGGGAGACAUUUACUUGCUCGCCUCCAUGUGAAACGUCAUCGCACUUUAUUUGUCAUUGUGGGGUUAAAAAGCGUGUUAUAUACUACCAAAAAUAGGCUGCCCUUUUUGUGUUUUGAUGGUUUCUUCAGUUUUUAUCACAUUACAGUUUAAAUACAAUCAAUUUCUUAUUUAAUUAUUGAAGGGAGAAAAAAGAAAUUCAAAAUGAAUUUACAGUUGUUUGGACUCCAAUCCCUUUUUCUCACGGCCAUGUGUUUGUAUUCGAGCUAUCUUUAUACUGGCUACUGAAGUUGUCAUUUAUAUCUUUUUAAUUAUUUGCUGAAAGAUGUUUGCAAUUUAGAACAUUCGUAUGGUGUGUCAUUCUGAAAUUGCCAUAUUUUUGUAUGCACUCUGUUCUUGCAGCAUCUUUAAAAGUCUGUGUCCUUAGGGUUUGACUGACUUAAACUAACCUGAUCAAGUUUUUCAAUAAUCCAUUGUUUAUUGAAAAAUCUCUUAUUUCAUAUAGUUAGAUUAAGAAAGUCAUUUGAACCUUUGAAGUCCAUCACUGAAAAGAACUCAAUUUCUUUAUCCUAGUCUACUUUUAAAUUGAUCUUUGUCUUCUCCAAGAUGAUUUGAUCACUUUGCACUAUGUUCAAGUCUCUAAUACAAAUUAGGAGCAGUGGUUCCCAAUACCAAUUCUCUAAAUAUACCACCUACCUGGGAGCUCUGUGGUGCAAUGAAUGUUCCUACCUCUGAGCUGGGAGAAACCGAGUUCAAGUCUCACCUGUUCCACAGGCUGUGAACAGGCUGAUUUUAAAAAUAUCUCUACUCCACUUAACUGCACUCACGUCAUUCUCCUAACAUGUAUUCGGUGUUUUUCUUUCAACCAAUUUAUUGUCAAUCAUCAGGUUUUAUCUUGAACGUUGAUCAAUUUUAAGAGGCAGAAUCCAGCAUAACACUUGUCAGUUUUUUUUGGAAAUUAGCACAAUAAAAUGAGGUUUUCUGCAAUCUGCUCGGAAAGUCAUUUCCUCAAUUUUUAAGUAUGUUCAUAUAGUUAACAUCUGGUAAGAAAUGUAAAACCUGAAUCAAAAUGCUACUGAUGCUACAAGUCUGAAAUUUUAAAAACAAAAUAUUUUCAAUACUCAACAGGUCAGGCAGCAUCUGUGGAAAAAGCCUUUUGUUAGAAGGACUUGUUUUAAACUGGUGUUAUUUGUAGAGAUGUAAAACUGUUGGAUUGAUACUUUUUUUAAAUUAGAAGUUGCUUUUGCAGUUAACAAGA